CCCCCCCCCCCCGGUGUGGCUCUACCGGUCUCACUGUUCCUCUACAGGGAAGACAGAGAAACUGCCAGUGUGGUGUCUUCAUGCCUCUUGGCUUCCGUGAUAGGAAAGUGCUUUUUGUGGAAGAGCCACUCUCUUCUUUUUCUGAACAAGCCAGAAGAGCAGCGGUUGUUCAGCCAUCCGAUUGGAAAGAAGGCUGGGUUAGGGCCGUAAUUAGAGUGCUUGUACAAGGUACUGAGCUAAUCAUAGCACCAAAUAUAAAAACCAAACAUACAUGCAGGGCAUUUAAUCCCAGCAUUUGGGAGGCAGAGGUAGGCAGAUCUCCUUGAGUUCGAGGCCAAUCUGGUCUACAUAGUGAAUUCCAAGGCAGUCAAUGCUAUGUAAAGAGGCCCUGCUUCUAAAACCAAAAACCAAAACCAAACCAAGCCAACUAAACAACCAAACCACCUCCUCCCAAAUAUAAUAAAACCAAACAAGCAAACAGAAAGGAGGCGGGGCCGGGGAAGAGGCCAUCCACAGGUGCCCCUCAUUUGUUCACUCUCUCAGCCAGCGUUUAUUACAUAUUGAUAGUGUGGUAGGCCUGGGGGCCUAAGAAGGUAGUACUUCCUCUCAAGAAGCUCAGUUUCUUGGGAGAUAUAUAAAGCAAAUAGGUUUUAUGAAAGAAACAACGGAGUAUAAUCAGAGCUAAGAUGGAAACAGCUGUAAGGUGCAGCUACAUAAAGAGCUACCCCUCUCUGAUUUCUCAGCAACUCUCUUGGCAAAGAGCGCCCCCUAGCAGAAGGGACAGCCUGUGCAAAGCCAGAGGAGCAAGGCAUAUGAGCAGACAGGCACUACCCACUGCAGACAAUAUAUUGGGUUAGAAUUACUAUAAACAAAACAGCGAACCUUCUGGCUCUGAGAUAGUUCUUUACAUGCCCUGGAUGAGCAUGGUCUAGUGCAAAUCUCUAAGCUAAAAGCACUAGAGCAAGCUGUGUGAAAGCAUCUUCCCUGCCUCCGUAGGGCCCAACCUCAGGCCCUGCUACUCGCUCACAUCUUCUUCAAUAGAUGGCAGGAAGGUGAGAGGGAAAGAGCUACCCGCUAAAGGUCCAGUGUCCUUGAGAUGGCGGGCCCGGGGAGGGGGUGUGAAGGCUGUCUCUAAAGUCAGGUGGAUAGCUGCUGCUGCUGUUUGAGUUCUCUCUUCUAGAGCAGCCUCAUUCCGAAGUGAGAUCUGUAAACCUGAAGAUGACAUUACCAGGAUGAAGAGAUGGCUCAGCCUUCAAGAGCGUGUACUUUGCUUACAGAGGACAGAGUCUGAUUGCAGCACCCACAUCAGGUGGUUUUUACAACUACCUGUAACUCCAGCCCCAGGGAAUUUGAUCCCUCUUCUGGUCUUUGUGGGCAUCUCCACACAUGUGGCACACACAUGCACAGGCACACACAAGAUUAAAUAUUUAAAAAUUAGAUUACCACCUCGAUUUAAAAGAACCCUACCCCAAAUAAACUAAAAUGAAAGGGGUUGGCAGGCCAUUCCAAUCCGAUCAGAGUUUCUUGAAAGUGAAUAUGACCAAGGCAACUGACAAACUGUCACGGAACCUGCCAGACCUCUCUUUGGCCUUGCCUCUCUUCUCCAGCUCCUGGACUUUCCCUCCUCCUCUCAUGGGCCCUGACUCUGUCCCUAGCAAACUAACAAGCCCAGGACUACCGGUCUGCAGCCAUCCUGGGCCCACUGAGCAAAGCCAAGUUGCCUGUCUCUGCCCCCUGGUGGCCUGAUGACCAAGCUCCAUGGAGGUAUCCUCCAGGCCCUCCUCUAACUUCGAUCCAGGCAACUAUGUUGAAAUGUCUGAUCCAACCACCCACGCACCCUCAAAAGUGGUGAUACAAGAUAUUACGAUGGAGCUCCACUGCCCACUGUGUAAUGAUUGGUUCCGUGAUCCACUGAUGCUGAGCUGUGGCCACAACUUCUGCCAACUCUGUAUUCAAAACUUCUGGAAACUGCAUGCAAAGGAAACGUUCUGUCCUGACUGUAAGAUGCUAUGCCAGUAUAGCAACUGUACAUUCAACCUUGUGCUGGAGAAGCUGGUAGAGAAGAUUAAGAAGUCACCCCUGCUCAAGGGCCAUCCGCAGUGCCAAGAGCAUGGAGAGAACCUGAAACUGUUCAGUAAGCCAGAAGGGAAAAUGAUCUGCUUUCAAUGCAAGGAUGCACGGUUGUCUAUGGGGCAGUCUAAGGAUUUCCUGCAAAUCUCUGAUGCUGUCCGUUUCUUUACGGAUGAGCUAGCUACCUAUCAGAGCCAACUUCAGAACACCCUCACGGAGCUUCAGUCUCUCAGAACUAUGCAGAAAGAUGCUAUUGCUGCUUACAAGGACAACAAGAUACAAUUGCAACAACAACUUUCCCUGGAGUUUCUAAAACUGCAUCAGUUCCUGCACAACAAAGAGAAGGACAUUCUAAACGAGCUCCGGAACGAGGGAAAAGUCUUGAGCGAGGAGAUGGAGGCGAAUCUGAACCAGCUUCAGGAACAGUGUCUUCUCGCCAGAGACAUGCUGGCAAACAUUCAGACACGGAUUGAACAGCAGAAUCCCUUCGACUUCCUCAAAGACAUCACAAAGCUCAUAGAUAGUGUGGAGAAAGGAAUGAGGGCACUUACUCCCAGUCAGCUUAUCUCCAAAAAGCUGAGCCCAGGCCGCUUCAAAGGUCCCAUCCAGUAUACAACCUGGAAGGAAAUGCAGUCCAUUCUUUGUCCAGGCCUGUCUCAAAUAACGCUGGAUCCUAAAACAGCUCAUCCAAAUCUGGUGCUAUCCAAAAGCCGGACCAGUGUGUGUCAUGGCGAUGUGAAGCAGGUAAUGCCUGAUGAUCCAGAGAGGUUCGAUUCCAGUGUGGCUGUACUGGGCUCAAAAGGCUUCACCUCUGGAAAGUGGUACUGGGAAGUGGAAGUAGGAAGGAAGCCAAAAUGGACAGUUGGAGUCGUCAAAGAGUCCAUCAUUCGGAAAGGGAGCUGCCCUCUCACUCCUGAGCAAGGAUUCUGGCUUUUAAGACUGAGGAACCAAACUGAUCUAAAGGCUCUGGAUUUGCCUUCUUGUAGCCUGAAAGUGGGUGAGCUCAACAGGGUGGGCAUAUACGUGGAUUAUGAGGGAGGGCAGGUGUCCUUCUACAACGCUGCCACCAUGACCCAUCUUUACACCUUCAGUUGUCUUUUCAUGGAGAAACUUUUCCCCUACUUCUGCCCCUGCCUUAAUGAUGGUGGAGAGAAUAAAGAACCAUUGUAUAUCGUACAUCCACAGUAAUUAGUCAUACUAUUGUAUAAAUUCAGAGCAUUAUUAAAAUGUUGAAAUAGUU